AUGAGAACUGUGGACCCUGAACUUUGGUUCAAGAGAAUUAAGAAGCCAUCACGCAUGAAAGAGAGAUUGCAAUUCAAUUCUUAUCAGGCGUCAAAUUUUGAGAUAAGACUUCGAACAAGUUUUUCAAAGGCAAUGAAGGAUUUAGCAAGGAACCUCUCACUCUCAGGAGUUCGACCCGCAAUUCAUACUAAAAUGCCUAUCAGGUCCAUUUUUGUGAGUCUGAUAAUGUUAGGAGUAUUUAGUGGAGUGCUAAUAACGUUACUAAAUAUCUAUAAGUUCCGGCAUGAGCCUCCACUUUUGGUGAACCAGCAGCCGAUGCAGCAUCCACAACAGCAUGUUGAGUUCCCAGCCGUGGCCCUUUGCAGCUACAAUAUUAUAAGUAAACGCGCGCUACACAACUACGCGAGACGAUUGGUAUCUUUAGAUAAAAAUGGGACGUUUACGCUUUCUCAAAUAGAAGCGAACUUAUUGGCGUUUGGUGGCCUUCUGACGAAGUCACUGGAGCCAUUCGAUCUUCCCUUUAUGAAAUUUUUGUCCGAUGUAGAUCAUGAAACUAACAUCACAAAUAUUAUGCUGAAGCUUUCGCCGACAUGUGAGUCAAGACUCGAGAAGUGCUCCUGGAAAGCUAAACCUGUACCAUGUCACUUACUGUUUGCAACCCGUAUCACUGGUAGCGGCUUUUGUUGCGUCAUGAAUGCCAGAUACAGCCCAGAAGACAAAAAGAGAGAGGCCAAGAAAGUGAACUUUGUGGGAGAAGAUCAUAGUCUUAUUGUUGCCGUGAAAGAAGAUAUUGAAGACGUCGCUUUUGUUCGCCGACCUUGCCAUGAUGUUGAGGUUACUCUGUUUGACGGCAUGCAAUAUCCUCUAACAGAAGUUAGCGGAGUCCACUCGUAUCCUGCUCGCUUUAACUCCUCAGUUUAUUUGAAAUUACAUUUUGAGUCACAGUAUAUCAGCCGUCAAUUGAUGUAUCACAGUGAAGCGUGGCGCGGAUGCCGUGUGUCAGACCACGGCUGGACUCGCAAUGAAGUUGCAUGCAUUUUGCAGUGCCGCCGCAAUGCUACAUUGGCACUCUGCUCGUGCGUGCCCUACACUCUUCAGCCAGAACCUCAUCACAAAGUUUGUUCACCAGAGCAUCUUGGUUGCCUUAAUAAACAUAAGAACAAGCUUACAUACUUUAAACCGACUGGUCAUGGUGCAAAUCACGUGAGCCUGGAGAAAGAGCGGUCGGAUGGUGUACUAUGUUCGCAAUGCCAGCCUGACUGUACAGGGCUAGUAUACUUUGCGGAAUCAUCGCACGUCCAUUAUAAUAUCGCCCCCAUGGACAAAAUUUUCUUAAACAAACUACUGCAUGGCAUUAACCGGAACUCAACGGUUAUUCGAAUUUUCUAUGCAUCGGAGGAAAAUCAGAUCUUUUACCUGCUAGAAACCAAUCUGCGAUUCUUUGAAGAUAUUGCGCUUAUGGGUAGCCACUGGAUUCUGCUAAGCGGCGGAAGUAUAUUAAUUGUUACAUUUGAAGUUAUCUACCACUGCACCAUCAGAUGGCGCCACCACCACAGACGGACAUAA